AUGGAGUCGAUAAAGAAGUCGUGUAUCUUCUAUGGCGCUGUCAUCAACCCCAAAUCCCUUCAAUCCUUUUCUGUAUCUCCUCAGUGUCUUCUCGCAGUUGAUGCCAUAGGCAACAUAGACUGGAUUGUCGAUGAUGUAGAACCACACACCCUCCAGGAUGUCCUCGCUUCAAAAGGAUGCAUAGAAUCUGAGGUUAUAGCUUUAAGGGAGGGUGAGUUCAUUAUACCUGGCUUUAUUGAUACACAUACACAUGCGCCGCAGGUGCCUAACAUGGGCACAGGUGGUCAAUACGAACUCCUAGACUGGCUUGAGAAUGUUACAUUCCCUACAGAAGCAAAGUUUUCGGAUGUCAAUUUCGCUCGAGAAACAUAUACAUCUGUAGUUCGCCGCGUUAUCGACUCGGGAACUACAACAUGCUGCUACUACGGAAGUCUUCACCUUGAGGCCACAAAGAUUCUGGCGGAUAUUGUGUAUGCUUUCGGCCAGCGAGCCUUUGUUGGUAAAUGCAACAUGAACCGACAUUGUCCUGGCCACUAUAUUGAACCUUCAUUCGAAGAUUCGGUGGCAGACACACAAACAUUAAUAUCAUACAUCCGUUCCUUGUCGCCUCAGCAGGAUAACUCUUCUCAAGAACCACUAGUGCAACCAAUUCUUACACCUCGAUUUGCCAUUUCGUGUACAGACGAUUUGCUAUCAUCACUAGGAAACCUGGCUUCAUCCGACCCUAAGUUAAGGAUUCAAACACAUAUAUCGGAAAACAAGUCGGAAAUAUCAUUUACCCGUGAGCUAUUCCCCUCUGCCUCCAGUUACGCUGGUGUGUACGACAUGUUUGGUUUGCUGCGUCAGAAUACUAUUUUGGCGCACGCGGUACACUUGACAGAGGACGAAAUUGAUCUUAUCAAGUCCAAGGAUGCAGGUAUAAGUCAUUGUCCCACAAGUAAUUUCAACCUGAGCAGUGGCAUCGCACCUGUAGGAGUCUAUUUGGACAAAGGGAUUAAGGUCGGUCUAGGAACCGAUGUUUCUGGAGGCUUCAACGUAUCCAUUCUCAACGCCAUACAAAACGCGAGUGUUGCGGCCAAGGUCUGUUCUCUUCAAACUGGGAACUCUGGAUCAGAAUCAAGUUCGAUGUCUGCUAUAUAUGCCAACAAACAAUUGUCGAUUCCCUCUUUAUUCUAUCUCGCCACCAUAGGCGGAGCGGCUGUCUGCGGUUUGGAAAACCAAGUCGGGUCCUUUGCUACUGGGAAAAGUUUUGACGCACUGAUAGUAAAUGUCCGCGACGAAGCUGGCAACCCCACCAUUUGGGGCUUGGACGACACGAAUUUCACGAAUCUUUCAAUCGAAGACAAAAAAAAACAUUUGGAAGGUUGGCUCGAACGAUUCUUGUUUUGUGGUGAUGAUAGAAAUAUCGAAAGAGUGUACGUGCAGGGCACCUUCGUCGGCGGAAGGACGUUUCGAAGGUAG